AUGGACUUUAACCUCAACUCAACCGUUGUGGCGCCGGCCACAGCCUCAUAUUCCGAACUUUUUGCCCUUGCCAACCAGAGCCCGAAUCUGUCUUGGUUUGAAAAGGCCUGGUGGACUCAUUAUGCUUAUUGGGACAACGACAUUAUCGCUACUGGCAUCAUCACCUUCUUAGCCCACGAAAUCCUUUACUUCGCCCGCUGCAUCCCGUGGAUCAUCGCCGACGCCCUCCCGGGGUUGUUCCACCGAUACAAAAUUCAGGACAAAAAGGCGCCACCGUCGGCGAAGGAACAAUGGAGCUGCGUCAAGUACAUCCUGGCCAUCCACUUUAUUGUUGAACUUCCCAUGAUUGUCCUGUUCCACCCGAUGAUGGAGUUCUUCGGGUUGAAGUACGCCAUCCCAUUUCCCGAUCUCAAGACUAUCGCCAUUCAGAUCGCGAUCUUUUUCUUCGUUGAAGACACAUACCAUUACUGGCUGCAUCGGGCGUUCCACUGGGGCCCACUGUAUCGUUCCAUCCAUCGGGUCCACCACCAGUACGCUGCGCCAUUCGGUCUGACGGCCGAGUACGCCAGCCCAUGGGAAACGAUGCUUCUCGGCCUUGGAACCAUUGGACCCCCGUUGGUCCUGGGGUCAUUUACCGGCGAGGUACAUCUGAUGACUGUGUUGGCCUGGGUGGCUCUGCGUCAGUUCCAGGCGAUCGACGCGCACUCCGGGUACGAUUUCCCUUGGAGUCUGCGCCGGAUUUUCCCGCUGUGGGGAGGAUCCGACUGGCACGAUGAUCACCACCGGUAUUUCCGGGGGAAUUAUUCCAGCUCGUUCAAGCAUUGGGAUGUCCUGAUGGGAACGGUCGCUGGACCUCGCGGCAAGAAAAUGCGCAAAGAGUGA